AUGAUUAUGAUACGCACGGUGAUCGAACGGAUCGUGUUCGUGGCGAUGCUGAUUGGAUCUUGUUACUUUUUCCUGGAUUUCAUGCGAAUACACGAUGUGUCCAUUCGUUAUUCAAGUUUGCUGGCACUGCUCCUGAUUUAUGUCUUGUCGUACUUUCUGGCCAUUCUGCCGGAAAUAACCAACUCGAUAAGGUAUACCCUAUUUUACAAAACGAGGAAGAGGAAAAUUUACUCAUAUUCCUUGAAGAAGGAAGAUUCACUGAGAAGGAAAAGCAAUGACAAGGAAUUAAAGAUCGACCAUUUGGUGGACACCAAUUUUUUGUAUAUGAAUCAGGACCAUUUUGAGAAGGUGAACUUUGGCCAUGGGUACUUUCGGGGGGGAAGACGAUCAUCCGGCGGGGGAACCGACACGAUUUACAGUGGCAAGGGUGAAUCCAGUGCAGAGGGAUCCUCCUCAGGGGGAAAUACCCCCAUGGAGGGAAGUACCCCCUUGGGGGGAAGUGUGCCCAACGUGGAUGGUGAAGAAAACCCCCCAAUGCAAUGGCAGGGAAAAAGAACCCGAGGAGAGAAAAAACGCAAGUACAGCAAAAACGAAAUAAACGACUACGUGUUGAAGAAGACGGGAAGUAACAAGAAGUAUAUUAUAGACAGCUGUGAGGAGCUUGAAAAGAUCUGCCAUAACGACCAGAGGAAAACGCUUAAGAUGAAGGACCGGAUUAUAAAGUACAUUGAGUUGAACGACUCAGAGGAGGAACGGGACAACUUCGGUCGUGCCAACGUACAUGGGGAUAACAUGUAUAGAGGGCCGUACCAAUUCGUGCCCCACGGUGGGGGGUCCCGCUUGAGUGAAGAAAGGCACAGCACGCUGGAAUACCCAACGAAGAAGAAUCAGAAGGAAGAAAAGCACUUGGGGUCGUUCAUCUACGACACGAAAUAUCUGAACAUCCAAAAUGAGGAAUGCACGGAGGAAAGCAUUAAAUUCCAGAAGAACAAAAAGAAGUACAUGUGUUUUAUGGUGAAUAAUCUGUUGCAUAGAAAGGGAGAAAUGAACAGGUGGAAGACGAGUUACCUCCAAGGACUGAGGUCAAACACGAACAAAUACACGCUGCACAGUUUUUACGACCGAAAUAAGCACGUGCAAAAGGAUACGGACUUUUCCAGGUGGCAUAAUUUACUCCUCAAAUUUAUAAUUAAUGUAAAAGUGGUGUUCGUAAAAUUUUGCAAAAACACCUCAUUCAUUAUCUCGGACCUGCUGAUAACGUUCAUGUUGCACGUGGCUUGGCUAAACGUUUACAACUACCUACGAAGGAAUGACGUAUCCACCGAUACGGGCAUGUUUAAUUGGAAUACGGAAUACAUCCCUCCCUUCUUCACGAAGAUCGAGGCGUACAUACAGUACUUUAUCCUCUACGAUAUAUGUGUAAAGUUCUUCCUCUUCUUCUGCGCAAAGCAUAUUUUAAGCUUUUGGUUUUUACUAAACCUGUUGAAUAGCCCAUUUUUGUACCUCAUAGUUUCAUACGUAACGAAACGUCCGUUUAGGAAACAUGGGUGGCUCUACCUGACUUGUCCAUUUCGCUUCCUCAAUUUUUUACGAAUAGAAAAUCUGAUUGGCCAGAGUAACAACCACAAUAAGAUAAACUUUCCAGUUAUUACGUUGUCUGUUCAAAUAUUAGUUGUUAUUUAUACCUAUGCUUGUAUCCACCUUUUAAUUGAGCAGCCAUGUAGGGGGGAUUACCAAAUAUAUGAUUACAUUUUUUCCGGCAUGCAAACGGUCUCCACAGCAGCCAUGGGAAGGGGGACCUGCUUCCCAUUCUCUCUGCAGUCGAAAAUUACGCAUACGUUUUACAUUUUCAUGGUUUUCACCUAUAUACACUACAAGAUAAGGUACCUGAAGAACCAUAUGGUGGAGGAGAAAAAGAUAUACGGCAAAAUUCCAAACAUUGGUGCUAGGUACUUUGUAAUAAUAGGACACAUGAAGCCGAUCGCUCUCUAUGUGAUCAUUAAUGAGUUACAAUCCACGUAUAACAAUUUGGAUGAAAUAAUUUUUUUAACAAGUCUUCCAGUGAAAUUUUACUUAAAUAUAAUUCGCCUGCUGAAUAGGAGGGGGUACUGCCAAAUCAGCCUUUGCCUGUACGAUCUGAACAAGCCAUUCCCGCUGAAGAUUAAAAAAAUUAUUUCCUUCUCCAGUGGGAUCUUCAUAUGCAACAAUGUGAUGAACACACACCACAAUAUAAACAACGACAUGGAGACCCUAAAACGGUACAACGAAAUUAAUUCCCUCGGACCUUUUAAUAAAUGCAUUUCCGUCUUCCUGAACAAUAUGUGUAAUAAUAGCAUUUUACUCAAGCGCAGCAAUCGCAAUAUUAUUUGCCUGAACGAACUGAAAAUGAAGCUUUUUGCUAAAACGUUGGAUGACUGCCCUGGGAUGUUUCUCCUCACUAUUCUAUUCUUCAUAAACACGCCACAGAAAUUGAAGUCUAAACAUACUUACAUUUUGAGCAAAUAUUUUGACAACCUGGAGGAGGAGGUCAACCCGGAGACCCCCCCUUUUGGUUCGUCCACGGAGGGGGGCGCCAGCGAUCGGGAGGAGAACCACGUGGGUAGUGCCUCCACCCAUCCUAGUGCAUGCAAAGGGGGGGACCGCUACAGGGGAGGUCGAUCAUACAGAACGAACACACACAACAAAACAUACACACGGAGUAGAUUCCCCUCCAGGUGGCUAAACCUGUUCAGCGGAAAGAAAGGCCAGCGCUCCUCCCCCGAAAGCAACCACCCCAACGGUAAACAAUCUCGCGAAAGCAAUUUCUACAAAAUUGACCUCCACACGGGGGAUGCAACUGAGCAGAAUCCACACUGCAGGAAGAGAAGCAGCAGGCCGUCCGGGUCGAUUCUGAAAAGGGUGAAGAGCAUCACCGAAAGAGGGACAAAAAAGAAAGUGCCAUUCCGAAGCUUCCUAUCCUACGAUUUCGAUGAAAACAUGUGCUACAAUUCGUACAAUAAUUACCUGCAUUAUAUAAAGGGAAUAAAAUACAACAUAUAUAGAAUAAAGUUGCCGGAAAGUUUUCUCAAUUUGCAUUUUAUCACCAUAGUCCAGUAUAUGUUCAUGAAUUACAACGCCUUCCUCAUAGGCAUCAUAAAUGAGUACGGCGAGGUGAUCCUGAACCCUGUUCAUUUUGUCUACAUCUGUCUAGACGUGCAGUUUAUUCUGCUGACAGAUAAGUAUAACAUUCUACAGAAGAUACAAAGCCAAAAGAAGGUACAACUGGACUGGCUUAACUGUAUAGAUUGCGUGAAGAUUAAAAAGAGUGACGCCUCAAACGGGGGGAAGCACAAGAACGGGUCACCACCAACUGCUGGUCACCACUACUACAGUGAGAUGAACAAGCUGAAAGACCAACCUGGGGUUUACUUCAACCCUGUGUUGAGUAUCCUUCGUGUAGACAAUUAUCUGCAGGCUUUGCAGUUCUUCCGCAUCAGGCGGGAGGGGCAGGACAACCACACACACGACGAACCGAGCAGAGAAGCUAACCCCCUCCACGAUGACUUCAUCAUCCUGAUCUACUGGCCUCAAUCUAUUAACACCUUCCUGAAAGUGCUUCACAAACGAAAACGACACAACAUCCUCAUCCUGAGCGAUCAAAUUCCGUCCUACAUCCACAACAAUAAGUUGGCCAAGUACAGUAUCUGCUACAUACAAAAGUCGCCCCUAUCCCUGUACAAUUUAAUCCUUGCAGGAAUCCUGCGUUGCAAAAAAUGCGUAAUUUUUAAAAAUUAUUUAAAGUUAAAUUCGCAUCAUAAUAUUAUAUCAUAUAAUGAGAAGGCCAAAAAUAUCAACUACUUUGAAUACAUGUGUGAACACAACGACAGUGACCUUCUCAUCAUUUUUAACAACAUACAAAAUAUUUUCCGGAGGAGGGACGUCAACGAUGCGUUGGUGGAUUACUACAUACGCGAGGAAAGUAAGCAAUCCAAACCGUACGAUAAUUAUUUACUACAGAAAAAAGCCACAAAAAAAAGGAACAUUCAAAAUGGGUAUGACGGACAAGGAAACAGCAACACGAUUAAUGUCCAAGAAAUGAAAAAUAUAGACCAAUUAAGUAACAAGCCCCUAAAUGAGAAGAAUAAAAAAACGAGGAAAAAUGUUUACCUCCUGAUAGAGCUAAAUAACACACUUUCCAUCCAGUACUUAAACAACGACGCGCACAAUUUGCUCUUCAUCGAAAAUUACAAAAAGCAAAUACAAUUUUUUAAAUACGGGAAUUUGCUUGUGGAAAAUAUUUACAAAAAAAUUGAGCACAUUUUUGUAGACAAUUAUUAUUUCUAUUUGUACUUUUUACAAUUCACCUCCGCCAGUGUCUUCAUCGAUGAACUGAUUUAUCACCUCAUUGGCUACACCUUCCCGAUCAAGAACAACUCCCUCGGUAUUGGCACCAUUGAAGCGUUUAUAAAUGGGACGUAUACGGACAGCUCCAAGAGGAUAAAGUCCGACUUGCUCCUCAGGCGCAUAAACCCCAAGUACCACUCCAGGAACUUCUUCUUCCUCUUCCAGAAGUACCUCAAGAAGGGCUCCAUCAUCAUCGGCAUUUACCGCUGCAACGAGGAGAACAACAUGAGCAUCGUCAUCCCCUGCCCCCAGCGAAACUUCAUCAUGCACAAAUCGGACAAGGUCUAUGUCAUCGAAAGCGAGUACAGAGCCAAGGAAGGAACCCCCUAA